AUGCCUGACAGCAAACCCGAGGAGAUUCUGCGCCAAGCUGUGCAGGACGCUACAGUGACUCCGCACGUCAUCCGACUCUGCCUUGAUACACAGUAUGAAAGAGCUGCUGCGUUGCCUCGCAAGUACCGGCGUGACUUCGCCCAGGAACAAGGCAGAGCUGGCCUCGCUGCUCUAGCACUCAAAUGCAUGUGGAGUGAUGAGAGACUGUGGAGACUGAUAGUCGUAUUCGACCGCAACACGCUGUUCCGACUGAGCUACUACGCGAUACUGGAGGGUCUCGAGGAUCUCGUGAUAGACUUCGCAUUUGUCACCCUCACCGAUACAUCAGUAUUGGCGGAGGAGGGCCCUUAUAGUGUCUGGAGGGGCCAACUACUUGAAAGCCUGGUUCAAGCCCAUAGUUUCUACGCCACCUUCACCACCGGUUUGUCCGGCAUGUUACGUUGCAUGCUUCACAUUGUAAACAAGCAGGCCGUCGCGAUUGCGGACUACAAAACACUUUCCUCUGGAAGCAAUGCGCCCCGCUUUGAUCCCUCCAUCGUGUCGCUACAGGCAGCCGCAAACCAUUGUGCCYCCGCGCUUCGUGACAAUCUUGAUGGCAACACAGACGUCGAAUUGUUCGAAAAAUUCGCGAAGUGGACGACCGAUCGCUCAUGUUCACGUCCCGUCAACAUGGCUUCUCUAGCCAUGUGCCAUCCAAAAACGCCGACGGAGACCCUUGCCAUCGAUUUCCUCCACGCACAUCCAAAGCAGGUGCACUAUUCUCAAUAUAGAGAGCAACGUACAAAUGCAUACUUUAAUCAUUUCUUGCAGCGGACUUUCGACCUCGCAGUACGGAACAACAAUGCAGAAGGUGCCGCGUGGAUUAAAGGGCAUUUUCAAGACCGUCUCGAUCCCACGACAGAUAGAUUCGCUCCUCCCACAGCGCGGGAUAUUGCGCGUUUAAGAUUGAAGAAACAGCAAGCACAAAUUCGACGGAAGAAUAGAGGAGACCGUCCACGGAUCACCUACCACUGA